AACUCCGUACGUCAGAGCACUUCCUGGUUGCUGCUGCAGCUGGAAAUGGCGGAGCUGAAAGAGGCGGUCGCUUCUCAGCAGCACCAGGAGGACAGAGGCAUCAAACGUGAUGAAGACACCGGAGAGGAAGACUCUGCCGGCUCGGCCCCCGCUGCAGGGCAGAGCGACGCUGCGGCUGACGGCGACUCCAAGCCUUCAACCACGACCCCUGACAGACACAUCUCCAUCCAGACCAAACUGGAAGGACUGGAGAUGCUGGUGGACCUUAAUGGUGCGGGCCGGAAGUCCUGCCCUCUGUGUCCGGAGGAGAAGUUUAAAGCGUGCUACAGCCACAAGCUGCGCCGGCACCUGCAGAACCUCCACUGGAAGGUCUAUGUGGAGUUCAAAGGAAGCAGGAUGUGCAUCUGCCACCUGGCCUGCAGGAACCCCAAACCCAGCCUGAGCGGAGACCAGGUGUCGGGUCGACACAUGGCCCACUUCCACUGCGUGGUGUGUUCGGUCACCAUCGCCCGGAAGACGGACAUGAUCAGCCACCUGAAGCGCCACUUCAACAAGGGAGAGACGGAGGCCAGUUACCCCGGCGGCUCAGACGCUCAGAUGGACGAGCCCGCGCCUUCGGGUCAGGCCUACGAGAUCCUGAAGGAGCUGGGGACCAACGUCCAGCUGCUGCCGAACCACAGCACCCCGAUGAAGAGCGACACGUACUUCAACCGGAAGAUGAAGACCAACAGGCAGCUGGUGUUCUGUUCGCUCGCGGUUCUGGCCGAGGAGAGGAACCCGCUGGAGUGUCUGGAUGCUUUUGGAGCCACAGGCAUCAUGGGCCUCCAGUGGGCCAAACACCUGCGUAGCACCGUCAGAGUGACCAUAACAGACAUCAGCGACACCUGCGUCAAAAUGAUCAGAGAGAACUGCCAGCUGAACAACAUCCGGGCCGACGGCGGCUCCCGAGGGCCGCGGGGCCCCGACAGGGCCGGCUGCGAGCCGGAGACGGCCCCCGUCGCCACAGUGGAGGUCGCCAAGAUGGACGCUAAUGUCAUCAUGCAUCUGCGGCCGUUUGACUACAUCCACCUGGAUCCUUUCGGCACGGCCGUGAACUACCUGGAUGCUGCCUUCAGAAACGUCCGGAACCUCGGCAUCAUCUCUGUGACGUCCACGGACACGGGCUCGCUCUACGCCAAGUCGCCCAACGUCACGCUGCGCCACUACGGCUGCCACAUCGUACGCACCGAGUACUACAAAGAGCUGGCAGCCCGCAUGGUGGUCGCCACGGUAGCCAGGGCGGCGGCGCGCUGUAACAAAGGCAUCGAGGUUCUGCUGGCCGUGGCUGUGGAGCACUUUGUGCUGGUGGUGGUGAGGGUCCUCAGGGGCCCGACCCAAGCAGACGAGUCGGCCAAGAAGCUCCGCAAACUGGUCCACUGCCAGUGGUGCGAGGAGAGAGUGUUCCUGAAACUGGGCAACAUGGUGGACGACACCGUUCCCUGUAACUGUCAUGGAAGUCUGCCUGGAAAGACGGCGGUGCAGCUGGGACCUCUGUGGGCCGGGCCUCUGUUCAACACCGGCUUCCUGAGGAGGAUGCUGUCUGCCGCCGUGCAGCACAGCAUGGACGACAUCCAGCCGCUCGUCAAAACGCUCAUCUGCGAGUCCGAGUGCACCACGCUCAAGUCGCUGGUGCACGGGUCGUCAGUGCUCAGUAACCAGGUGGAGUGUGGAGUCGUCAUCAAGACGCUGCAGAGCGGAGAGGAUGGAGGUCCAGCUGAUCAGGCCGGGAAAAGGAAAAGCGGGGAGGAUUGUGGGAACGUUGUGAAGAAGCUGAAGCCGGACGCGUCUCUGGAUCAUCCUGCCUUCUACUACAGCAUCCACCGGCACAGCAUCCGCCGCAUGAACAUGCCCAAGUUGAACAAGUUCCUGCAGUACCUGACGGAGGCCGGCUUCAGGGUGAGCCGGACCCACUUCGACCCGACCGGGGUCCGGACCGACGCCACGCUGCAGCAGUUUAAGUCCGUCCUCACCAAGUACAGCGUACCGACCGGAACCAACACCGGCGCCGGCCAGAGCACCGCGAGCUCCGAGAAGGCGGUCUGAGCCGGGGACGCCGCUCGGCUCCCUGACCCGGUCCUGACCCGGUCCUGACCCGGUUCUAACUGCACUGAUGGACCUUUAUUAGAGCACAAACUGAUGAGAAUCUAUUUAAUUUACCUAAAAACAGUAUUUUAAUCGUUUCUCCUUUUUACCUUAAUUUGUCUCUUUAGAUCCAGAAUAAAAAUCUUUUCUGAAAAUAA